GUUACGUUGAGCUUCUAUUGCCAAAUCCCAUUCCAUAUGCGUGACCCAAAAAUAAACAAACAUCGUAUUCUAUUCUGCCGCCAUUCAUUCUAUUGUCUUCUACAACAACCGCACGCUGCCACUUUCUCCGCUGUCUCUUCCUAAACUUCCUUCCCGUCCUCCUUCUAGGACCAUCGUUUUCACAACGAGGCUAUUCGUUUAUCGAACCGGUUUUUUCCCCUGGUUUUAACGGUUUAACCAACGAUUUUUGUGACGUAAACAAUCCCUAAAUUGAAACCAUUCGGACUAUACGAGACCCACACUUCGCGGGGAAAGCCACAAAUCAAUUUAUCACUUCUAAGAAACUCAAUUUUUAACAUAACCAGAAGGGCUUCAUAUUGUUGAUUCUCAAGCUAUGGCUGCAAAGAUUCUUGCAAACUUGAUUGUGAUGGGUGGUGGAGUCUUGAUAAGAGCAGUUGCUCAGGCAUAUCGUCAAGCUCUUACCAAUGCCUCAAAAAAUGGUGUUGCACAAGAAACAAUGCAAAAUACUAUUCGCAGAGCUACCAAUGUAAUGACGGAGCAAGAAGCUCGGCAGAUUCUUGGUGUUACUGAGGAAACUCCCUGGGAGGAUAUAAUGAAGAAAUAUGAAAAAAUGUUUGUGAAUAAUGCCAAGAAUGGGAGUUUUUACCUCCAGUCCAAAGUUCAUCGAGCUAAGGAAUGUCUAGAGGUUGUCAAACAAGGCAAGGGUGAGGGAAACCCUAGUUGAUGACUCAGUUUCGCUCCAUAAGUUUUGCUCCAUCUUAAUAGUCUUGUGGUUCAUUUUGGCCACCAAGUUGUGUACGAUUUGUGAAAUCAAAAACUAAAUUUAUUUUAUUAUAAAAAUUAUACUGGGAGUUCACUGCAAAUAAUGAAAGCUAUCUAUGGUACUGCAGCUAUGCUAAUGCUUUUAAUUUAACAUGAAA